GCGCUCUCUAGCGGUUAUUCGUACUAAUAGCAGGAUAAGGAGUCGAGACUGUUUAAACGCAAGGGGAGUUGUUUUCUCACGCAACGAACAAAAUGAUAUCAUUACAAUUACUUCAACGUUCAUAACGUAAAUAAACGUUCUUACGUAACGACCUUUAUGAUUCUAUUUGAAUUACAAUCCUGGCUUCGUCGAGUUGUGAUGACUCUCGAUGACGUUUCACGUCUCGUUGCGUCAUCACUAAACAUGGAAGACACAAACAUGGAAGUCGAUGAAGAAAAGAACAAGGCUUUUACGCCGCUCAAAGAUGUCGAUACCAAGCGGCGGAGCAGCGACAGCGGUGUCAGAGGAAAGAAGGACGCGGCCGAAAGCCGCACCACAUCCGAAUACUGCGAAAAGCUUCAGGCGUGGAUGUGGCAGUACUACAGCGGUUAUAUGAACUGGCAAAGCUGGCUGGCAGCGUCAGCCAUGUCCUAUCCACAGUAUUUACAUGCAAACAGUGGCACGGUGGCAGCAGCUGGUGAUUACACGUCGCAACAAUGGUACAACAGUCAGUUUGGCCUUCCGUUGUCAGCCGCUGCCUCCCUGAGUAACCGGACAAGGGAAGAUGCAGGCGGGGCGGCCGUGCCCGACCGCCCGCCACAGCAGCAGCAGCCACAGGCCAAUGGAAAUGCCCAGAGACCAGGUCGAGAAUAUAGUAUUCCUUCACUUCUCCAAAGACUCAUGGCAGAGAUGGUGGAUUUCUUUAUUUUAUUUUUCAUCAAGGCAACUAUAAUCAUCAGUAUUAUGCACCUCAGUGGUAUCAAGGAUGUUUCCAAGUUUGCCAUGCAUUUCAUUGUGGAGGAAAUAGACGAGGACACGUCAAUGGAAGAGCUACAGAAGAUGAUGCUUGUUGCACUUGUGUACCGUAUGUUAGUAUGUUUCUAUGAGGUCAUCUGUAUCUGGGGAGCUGGUGGUGCCACACCAGGGAAGUUUCUGAUUGGACUCAGAGUUGUAACAUGUGACUCCUCAGUUCUGAUUCAGCCUAACAGGGUGCUUGUAGUGCCUGCAACGAAUGUCUCUCUAUCUGCGUCCACUGUCCGGGCCUUGAACAAGAACUUCUCGAUCGCCUUCUUUUUCCCGGCCUUCAUCACACUUCUGUUCUUUCAGCACAACAGAACUGUGUACGACAUGGUGGCUGGGACAAUUGUUGUCAAACGGUCCAGAGCCAGAUGACGCUGAGAGUCGUGACAAAUCCGCUGAGCGUGCACUGUUUUAAAGUGUUUUGAUAAAUGCCAGCAGAACUCCUCAGUUUCAAGGAAUCGUCUGAAGAUUCGUUCAUAUCAGUAUGGACGUCUUCAACCUCUCCCCGGACUUCAACCUUUGUCUGUCUCACAUGAAGUAUUUAUGCAUGUAAUUGGACAUGCCACUAUCAAGAGCAGGCCCUGUGCCAAACCCUUGGCUCUGUUUAAGACGGGAUAAGUAAUUAUACAUUUUACCUUUAAUUAUUAGCUAAUAAUUAUUCACAUUUGUUUUCUAAAAUAAGGGUUAAUGUCUUGGUUUGUUGCUGUUUAAGUUGCAGUAUAUCCUCCAUUUAAUAUAGACUUGUAUGCAGACAGGUUUAAUUAUAUGAAAAGGAAACACAAACUUGAGCUCCGUCGUAUUUUAGCUCCUGACACCUGCGCUGUAAGAUUAAUUUAUUUGGUUUUACUUUACUAUUUUCUUUUGAAAAGAAUAAACAAAAACACAGAUGACCUGCAUGUUUGACAUGUCAGUCUUUUACAUAUUUCAUAAAAAAUGUAGGAUUUUUUAUAUAUAUAAAGAAAGAGUUAGGCUUUACUAAAAUUUAAGAUUACUGUUAAAAUCCUACCAGUCUUUCAGUCAGUAAUUGUUUACCUCUUGACUGUAGAGUUACAGUUUUCUCUGGGAUGGCCAGCUUCCUCCCACAGUCCAAAAACAUGGAGAUUAUUGAAAUAUCCAGGGUGAAGCUGCCUCACCCACUGACUGCUGGGACACGCUCCAGUACCUGCUGCUCUGAACAGGAUAAAGUGAUUGAAAAUCGAUGGAUGGAUAGAUGAAAGAUGGUCGGAGAUUAGGACAUAACCUCGCUCUCUGUUUAUUGUUCCUCUGAAGGUAAACAUUUACCACAGUCUGAGAUACUUUGUACUCUCCACGACUUCUGGAGUAUCUUUUAUUUAUCUGUCUUUGAAGGUUGUUAUAUUUCUUUGCAAAAAAAAAAGGUUAAUGAAAAAGAACUUUGGCUCCA